CGCGCCAGAUUUACGAAAAAUGGCGCCAGCACCUGAAAACGACAGCCGAACAGAUGAUCAAGACGACACGAUAGUAGCUGACCAGGGAUUAGCAAAAUCUCGUUCUCGUAGAGAAAAGAAAGAUAAAGGUGGAAGAUUUGCAGCCCUUGAAAAGUUAAAGAAAGCUAAGCAGUCAGGGGAGAAGCACAAAUAUGAUGUUGAGGAGGAAAAGAAUGUAUAUGAUGUUGUUAAUGAAGACGAGUAUUCCGAGAUUGUUCGCCAGCGUCAGGAUGAUGACUGGAUUGUAGAUGAUGAUGGAGCCGGUUAUGUGGAAGAUGGACGAGAGAUUUUUGACGAUGACCUCAAUGAAGACCCAACAGUCUCCAAAGGGAAGAAAGAGGAUAAAAAGAAGAGCAAGAAUCCUAACAUUGUGAGACCAGGGACCAAGCCUAAGACAACCAUUAAAUCCAUGUUUGCUGCUCAGACCUCGACUGGAGGGUCCAAACUCAAAUCAGAGAAGGAUGUGUCGUUGGCUAAUGAUGAUUUACUAGGGGAUCUCAUGGAGGAGCUUCACCAGGGGCCCUCAGAGGGAAUGAUGAAGCCUCUGCCCAUCAAACUGAAGAAGAAAGGAUUUUGUGCUACCAAAUCCCCUUUGAACCCAUUCAACACAAAUGUACCAUCUACAGGAGCACAGGCUACGAAGAAGAAAACUGUUGUUAUGGCAGAACCAAGGACGCCUCUGAUCAAGUCCGAGCGCAGGCCUCUACCUAAACCCAAUAUUCCAGAGCCGGAGGAGGCCAUGGAUGAGGUAGAUUCUAUGACUGUUGGAGUAGAAAUCACUACUAAAACUCAAAAAGAUGCUGACAUUCAACACCUAUCUGACAGUCAAGAUGAUGCUGCGUUAAUGGAUUUAAAUGAUAUGGACUUUGAGGAAGACCUUGUAAUCAAAAAGGAAGAAACAGUUGUUUGUACAUCGUCAGUAAAACCAAAAACAGCAAUAGGAUCCAUUCCCUCUGAAACACUUUCCACUGGAUGGGAGAACUAUCAAAAUGAUUCCCAGGAGGAGUCUGCAGUAGAGGUCAAGGUUGACACUUCAGAGUUGCCAUUGGUUACCUCUGCCAGUGGAGAUCAAGUACUACGUUUUUUUUGGCUGGAUGCUUAUGAAGACCCAUAUAAUAAUCCAGGAACCGUUUUCUUGUUUGGAAAAGUUUGGAUAGAAAAAGCCAAAGUCUAUGUCAGUUGUUGUGUGACUGUGAAGAAUAUUGAGAGAAGAAUGUAUGUUCUUCCAAGGGCUACGAGAAAAAAUACAAAGACCGGAAAUGACACAGGAGUAGAUGUUACUUUGGUGGAUGUUUACACAGAAUUUAAUGAGAAAGUAGCAGAGAAAUUCAAAAUACCAAAGUUCAAGUCGAAGAAAAUAACCAAACAGUAUGCAUUUGAGAAAACUGACGUUCCCGUGGAAUCUGAUUAUCUGGAGAUCAGAUAUGGGGCAGAAAUACCACCUUUACCCCGCGAUUUGGAAGGGGAUACAUUUAGCCAUGUGUUUGGAACUCACACUUCUUGCUUGGAACUUUUGCUCAUUGAUUCCAAAAUGAAAGGACCUGGAUGGCUAGAUUUGAAGUUUCCUCAUUUGGUGAACCCCCCUGUAAGCUGGUGCAAAAUAGAGGUCAGCAUUAGUAAGACGGAGCACCUGUUGGUGACCAAUGAUCAACAUUUGACCCCACCACCUUUGGUUGUCAUGACAUUGAAUCUCAGGACACUCCCAAAUCACAAAACCCAUCAAAAUGAGAUUGUAGCUGCAACGUGUCUGGUUCAGGAAAAAUUCAAUAUUGAUAAACCUGCACCCAAAAAUCCAUUCCAACAGCACUUCUGUGUUCUUACAAAGCCAAGUGAUAGUCUAUUUCCAUUUGACUUUCGAGAAAAACUUCAGAAAGAGGGUAAGAAGUUGAAAGUAGAAAUGCUUCCAACAGAACGAGCUUUAAUGGGAUUCAUUCUGGCCAAGAUUCACAAAGUAGACCCUGACGUCAUAGUGGGACAUGACAUCUUUGGAUUCGACCUGGAUCUGAUCCUUCACAGAAUAAAUGCCAACAAAGUACCCCACUGGUCUAAGAUUGGAAGACUGAAAAGAACAAAGAUGCCAAAAUUAUCUGGUCCUGGACACAGAGGCUUCGCUGAUAAAUCUGCAGCAUGUGGUCGACUCGUGUGUGACAUCAAACUCUCAGCCAAGGAACUGAUCAGAUCUCGCAGUUACGAUCUCACAGAACUCACUAAUGUCAUACUGAAAGCGAAGAGACAAGAGCUGGAUUACGAUCAAAUACACAAUAUGUAUCUGUCAUCACAACAAUUGCUUCAGCUACUAGAGCUAACAUUAAUGGAUUCUACGUAUAUCCUGCGUAUUCUGUUUGAGCUGAAUGUUCUUCCUCUAGGGCUUCAGAUCACCAAUAUCUGUGGAAAUGUCAUGACAAGAACAUUACUCGGGGGAAGGUCAGAAAGAAAUGAGUAUCUGCUGCUGCAUGCCUUUACUGAGAAAAACUUCAUUGUCCCAGACAAAGAGUACAAAAAAACCACUGUGAAAGAGAACAUGGAUGACUUCGAAGCAGAUGAUGGUGGGAAGGGAGGUAAAUCUAGUGGGCGUCGUAAACCUGCAUAUGCUGGAGGUCUUGUGCUUGACCCAAAGAAAGGUUUCUAUGACAAGUACAUCUUGCUGCUGGAUUUCAACAGUCUGUAUCCCUCCAUUAUUCAGGAGUUUAACAUCUGUUUCACGACAGUCAGCCGAACAGCUGUUCAACAGGGUGGUCAGGAUGACGAAGACCAGAUUAUCGAGCUACCAGACAAGGACUUAGAGCCUGGCAUCUUGCCAACUGAGAUCCGUAAACUGGUGGAGAGCAGACGACAAGUUAAGCAACUGAUGAAGGGAGACAUCUCCAACGAACAGUACAUGCAGUAUGACAUCAGACAGAAGGCCCUAAAGCUGACAGCCAAUAGUAUGUACGGCUGUCUAGGAUUCAGUCACUCGAGGUUUUUUGCUAAACCUUUAGCAGCACUUGUCACAGCAAAAGGGAGAGAGAUUUUAAUGAAGACAAAAGACUUGGUGCAAACUAUGAAUCUGGAGGUUAUAUAUGGUGACACAGAUUCGAUUAUGAUCAACACGAACUGCAAUGACAUUGAUGCUGUCUACAAAGUAGGCAACAAGGUGAAAUCGGAGGUUAACAAGCUGUACAGGUUGUUGGAGAUUGACAUUGAUGGAGUUUUCAAGUCCAUGCUGUUACUGAAGAAAAAGAAGUAUGCUGCCCUCAGUAUUUCCAAGGGUCCAGAUGGAAAGUACACAGAACACAAGGAAUUGAAGGGACUGGACAUUGUCCGCAGGGAUUGGAGUGACUUGGCCAAAGAGGCCGGAAAUUAUGUGGUGGAACAGAUUUUGUCGGGAGACUCCCGAGAAACCAUUGUAGAAAACAUCCAUACCAAACUGAUGGAAGUCGGGGAGAAAGUUAGAAACGGGAAAGUCGCAGUAGAACUGUACCACAUUACCAAGCAACUGACAAAGAAUCCGGAAGAUUACCCCGAUAAAAAGAGUCUACCUCAUGUUCAGGUUGCCCUCAGAGUCAACAGUAAGGGGGGCAAGAAAAUGAAGGCAGGGGACACUGUAGCCUACAUCAUCUGUGAGGAUGGAUCAUCACUGGCUGCCUCGCAGAGAGCAUACCAUCCAGAGGAGCUGGCAAAGAGCGACACACUCACAGUCGACACAAAAUACUACCUCUCCCAACAAGUUCAUCCGGUGGUGUCUAGGUUGUGCGAUCCUAUCGAGGGCACAGAUGCUGCACAUUUAGCCGAGUGUUUAGGUUUGGACCCGUCGGGUUACAAGCAUGCUGUUCAUUAUGAUGAGGAGGAAGAAGCCCUGAUGAAUGGGACGGAGAUUUCGGAUGAGGAGAAAUAUAGGGACUGUGAGCGAUUCAAGUUUGUGUGCCCUGGCGCCACGUGUAGCCGAGAAAUUAUUGUGGAUGCAGUCUUCAUGGGAGCUGAGGAGUUUACCGAGUGUUCCGUCAGUAUAUGUCCCAACAAGGAAUGUCGAACUGACAUGAAAGAUCACGUCCCAUACAUCAGCAACAGACUACAAAUGGACAUCAGGAGACAUAUUCAGAAAUAUUACCAGGGUUGGCUAAAGUGUGAAGAUGCUGCCUGUGGAACUGUGACAAGGAAAGUUCCUUUGACCUUUCAGCGAGGUCACCCAGUUUGUCAUGCCUGUCAUAGAGGCCUUCUGCAUCCACUGUACACUGACACCAUGCUGUACACACAACUCUGCUUCUAUGAACACAUUUUUGAUGCAGAGAGAGCUCUCAAGGGCAUGACAGAUGGUUCUAAAGAAAAAUGUAAGUUGUAAUUUUAUCCAAUACUG